AUGUCCGACUUCAACCAACUCUUCGACUCGCUUCCCUACUACGAUAAUGACCUUGAUCAAUUUCCAGGCCUCAAAGAGAAAGUAGAUCGCGAAUUCGGUCGCGAGCCAAAGCCUCCAGCAACCCUACAUCCCCGCGUACCCCCACCCCCAUCCCUUUUUGCAAACAACCCAUUGCUGAAGGCAGAGCUGCAACGCGUAGAAUCACACCAAGAAUUUCCACGUCUCGACACUCUAAGAUAUCAACUACCAGCGCCGUCAUUACCGGGGACAGAUGAAGAAUGGCAAGCAGCCUUGAAAAACGCAGAAGCUCAACUCGAGCAUCAACGCAUUCGACAAACAAACCUGCAAUUGCUGCAGACAUAUGGGCCAAAUGCAUGGCGCAUCCACAACUAUCUUCUUGAAACGACAGUAAAGCAGGCUGAGAAAGCAUUGGAGGAAAUGAAAGAGCUGACCGUCGAGGUCAAUCGGGAACGAAAGAACACGCAAACACAAUUAGGGAAAGAGUUGAACAGCCUCGAGACGCGAUGGACAGAGCUGAUUUCCAACGUGCUACAAAUUGAGCUCGCGAAUUCAGCGUUGGAUGCUGAAGUAAACAGACUUAACCGGCGAGAGGCAGAACUUGCAGAGCUAGCUAGGCAUCACGUGCGCAUCCUUCCCUCCAUCCAACUCACGAACAAUGUCCCAUUGCAACAACCCACUCCCGUCCGCAACCUCGUGCCGUUGGGCUCUCACGGACCCACCCAGACGAAAAAGUUCAGCGCGGUCAAUAUUAACAAGAAAUUCCUUGAAAAGAAUUCGACGACAUCCCCCUACUCAUCCACCACAACAUCAAACUCAGCGGCGAAGUUAUCCGGUGCUGCUGUCCGACCCAUAUCGCAGUCAACACCAACGCAUUCGCGUCUCGUUACAACUAAGCUCACAACUGCCUCACAGGGUCAUGCUACAGGUCCCGGUUGGUCACGACCGUCGUCUGCUACUCCUCCGACUUCAACAACCCCUACAAUCAAUGGUUCUGGAGAUGCGUCAACCUCGACAACGGCGCCAACCAUCCAGCCACAGUCUCGCCCUGCAAGACAAAGAGAUAUGGGAGGUGGCACAAAUAAACCCGCCUGGGGCAAUGCGAAAACCAACCAGCAACGCCCAAAUGUUGCUUCUCAAAUGGAAUUCCCGACGGCGGCAGAAGUUGCUGCCGCCCCACGUAAAUCCAGGCCAGCACUGGCUGAUCGGAAUGUCGCUUCGAAGGAGACAAUGGCUGCAAUGCAACAGGCUGCAGCUGCAAGUAAACAGGCGAGAAUGGAGGAAGCAGACACAUUUCGGGGAGUGCACUUAGAUCCAAACGCACAUCAUUGGGACGAGAUGGAAGAAGACGAUGACAAUUUCUUGGACGGUGUUCUUGAUUUUGGAGAUGGAAGACAGUACAAAAUUGAAGCAACAGAUCUCCCCACUGAUGCGUCCAGUGCAACACUAGUCACUGCCAAUAGUCUCACCUCUCUACCUUCACCACCGAGCACUGCGUCCCAAGUAGAAGAGCCACAAAAUGGUCCUGUAAGCAAGGAAGACCGCUUUGCGGAUGAUUUCGACCGCAGCUGGCCUCGCUCUCGUGCUUCGCCUUCCGUUUCUACUCGCGAUCUCCCCACUGGGCCUUCUUCUGUUGCUGGACCAAGUCCAGUUUCUCCUGCUCUGUCCAUGCUACACUCUCCACAAGAACCUCCAGGUUCACGUGGUAUGCUGUUCAAUGAGCGGUCAAACAAACUCGAGCCAUACAACAAGGGGGUGGUCAACCAGAAACGAGGCAGUGAUGGAUUCGUAUCUCCCACUGAAGCACGUGGCCGGGACAGUUUUCAGCAUCGAGGCAGGGUUUCUGGAAACGACCGCCCGUCGCGAGUGCCUCCAGCUUCACAAUCAGGCCCACGACCUCCUCAAAAUACAUGGAACCAACGAAAGGAAGGAGAUGAAGUGAGAGGGAGACCACAGUCAGAUAUGGGUCCUCCCGCUGUUCCGACUCGUCAAAAACCACCACAUCUGUCGACAGCUGGCCCUCCCCGCCGAACUUCAACUUCACGAGAUUCCCGACAAAGCGAAACUCCAUCGUCUGCUCGACUUCCUCCAUCGCAAUCACCUGCGCUGUCUCAUACAUCUGCUGUAGCCCAGUCACCCGUCGCCGCCCUGGCACAACUAUCGACCACUGAGCUGAAUGAAGCUAGAAAAGAUGUGAUGCAAACAGCAGCAGCUCGUGCUAAGGCAAGGAGACAGCAAGAAGAGGAGGAACGAGAAAGAGAGAAAGAGCGGGCGAAGCGCAAGGCUGCUGAAAUUGAGGAGAAGAUUGCUGCGGAGAAGACGAAAGUACAAGAAGUUCACAAGUCAAGAGAACAGGAAGCCUUAGAAGUGAUUGAGUCAGCGGUCAAGAUGGUUCAGGUUCAGCCUCAGCGAAUUGCUAUUCCUGAGAGACCUAUACACAGACGAGCAUCAGAGGCUUCACCGCAAACAACAUUCGAGUCAAGGCCCCCUGUCCCACGAAAAAUAACGUCCAGUACCAGUGUUCCUUCCCUAGCCCCAGUCGAUACACAAGGAUCGUGGCGGAGCAAACCUAGCGCUGGAGCAGUCACACCUUCGCCUCAAACUUGGGAGCGGCCUACUCCAGCUCCAGCACAGCUACCACCGCCAGCAUUUGUUGCGCCACCAACUGCUUUGGAACAAGUGGAAUCUCUCGCCAACGACGACCUUGAAGUUGUCGACUUUUCUGAUCUUGGAAAGUUCGUUGGCGAUUCUGACGAGCAAGCAAAUGUGCCUACUGUUGUUCCUCGGCCAUCGCGACCUUCAGCCAUCGACUUUUUCGAUGAUCGACCGUCUGAAGCUGUGCCAACGGAGAAGAUUGGGCCUACGACUUGGCGUCGACAUGAACCUGGGUCGCGUUCCAUUGAUGCUGACAUUACCGCGCCGUUGGAAGGGUUGCAACCAACUAAUCGCACACCCCGCAAGGAAGCUGCCAUGUCAACCCUGGAUGAUGUUAUGUCUCGCAUCAAGGGUGCACUAGACACAAUGCAGACAAGUGAAAGAGAACGUCGCUCGCCAGAGGUAUCUGCUGCCGGAGCAAUCCCUCGUGGCCCAGCUUUCUUGCCCUCGUCACGCUGGGUUCCUCCUGCCUUCCGUCCACGGCCAAGUGAGCCCCCAGAGCCACGGGAAGAGCUCGUCACUGGCUGUGAACCACCACGCUCUCCAAAACCAGCUUGGAAUACGUUUGUCAUCCGCUUACCCAAGAGUUCGCAGGCUUUGGAACCUCUUAGUCGGAAACAGCUAAAUAUGACAACUCGUCCAACGCCGUUGCGUUGGGAUAUACUCUCUUUUGAUCCUCCGGUGGAAGGUAUGAACAAGAAAGAUUUGAGCAUCAACGAGAUUCUCUUCCGGCGAGUCCCAGGCAAGGGCAAGUUCAAGGUGCUGCUGCCAAACUCUCAAGUCAGCGGGCCCAAAGUCAAUGUUCCGCCGAUAUCUAGCAGGCCGACCUCCUUCGUUCGCUCUCCUUCUGACGCUCUGUCGACGUGGCGAAAGGCGCCGGCUACAGGUAAUGAUGACCAAGGUCUAGCUACCGUAAGCCGUUCGCCUCCCCCAGAGUUGCCUUCAGAAACGCCAAUCACUUCGUUCAAGUCAGAGGAUGCAUUCACUGCGCGCUCAAGGCCGGAGCCCAAGAUGCCUGUUGGAUCUUCCGUGGCAUUUUAUCGCGACUCCGUUGAAAUGGAUGGCCAGGCGUCGGUCAAUUUUAUUGUCAACAGCGAACUGGAGGCAACCCCUAACAAACUCAAGCCCAGCAUAUUGGUUUCUUCUCCAUCUGCAAGCGAUUUGUUGGCAACCAAUGGUACUCCUUUCAACCCACGAGCAAAUGGAUCAGCAGCGACGUACAUGCCUUCUUUGAUUUCGAAUAGCAAGACGGAAAGCAAGAGUUCAGAAGACUCGACCGAUCGAACCCCCAUCACCCCUCCAUCACAUCCCAAUGCUACAUGGGCAAGAACAUCACUAAGCGGUUCGGGGAAAACAGGACCUGACCCAGAACACCUGAAGGCUGUUUGGUCACAGAGUUCUAACCAGGCGGCUCCUGUGAACUCACUGGAGGGCAUAGCGGAUGAUUUGACGGCUAUUCCAUUCACAUUACAAGAUGUCAAGUCAGAAGAUGGAGGCACUCCCCCACCAACUGCUACGUCCCAACCUCUUCAAGUUCGACUAUCAGAACACCAAUUUCGCCCCCCUUCGACCUCUGCACCUGUUGCUCGCCCCCCUCCAGCGAAUUAUUCAUACCAACUCCCUCCGCCUCCUAGCCAGAUGAUGCGGCCAACAUAUGGCGCUUAUUCGCCGAUACAGACUCCCGCCAUCAUAUAUCCGAUGGCCCCCAGUCCUAUUCCUCGCCAAGUGCCGGUUAACGGUCACGCACCGUUAUAUAGCCAACCAGUCUGGAUGACACAGAAUCCCCCAGCUAUGAUGCGACCGCCGUAUCCCCAACUUAUGCCCUAUCCAACGCCUGCUGGAACUCCGAUGGCUUACCAGGGAGCGCCAUUACCUCAGCCUAAUGGGUCACGUGGUCGAGGAAUGCCUCCCCAAAAUAUCAUGUACCCGGCGAGUCCUAUCCUGAUGCAAGCCCCCCCGAUGCCCGUGGGGUAUAUGGCUAUGCAUCCACCAGCUGGUCGUGGCCAAAUGCGGACUGACAAUGGUCACCCACCUCAGCAACCUCCACCCAUGCCUUCGCCUAGUUUCACUCCCGUUCCUCCCACGUCGUUCGUGCAUCCGACUUGGUAG